AUGGCAGAGCCACGAAAGAUCCAAAUCGCCGUGUCUGGCGGCGGCGUCGCAGGCGCAGCAAUUGCGCGGGCCUUAUACCAACAAUCUCACAUCGAAGUCAACAUCUACGAAAGUGCACCCGAGUUCUCAGAAAGGGGCAUGGCGAUUGGUUUAGCGAUUAAUGCGCAGCGGGCGCUGGGCAAGCUGGUGCCUGAUUUGGAAGACAUGUUUGAACGGGCGGGUGCUGUGAAGAUGAAUUCGUCGAGGAUUAUGCUUGCCGCUGGACCCCACGCAGGUACGAAAGUGAUCGAUGUCGCGGAGGAGAAGCCAGGGAAGAUGGUGCAUCGUGCGGCGCUGCUGCAUGAGCUACUGGAGCCGAUUCCACAGGACCGGUUGCAUACGAGCAAGAAGCUCAAAGAUGUUGUACAGCAAGAGGAGAGUGUACUGUUAAGGUUUGAAGACGGGUCUGAAGCUCAGGCCGAUGCGCUCAUUGGGGCAGAUGGCAUCUUUGGAUCAGUUCGCGCACAUGUUCUUGCUGCGGAUCAUGAAGCUGUUAAACCUGUUGCUGCGGGCUGGGCUGGAGCGAUGAACAUGGUGCCGUAUGCACAAGCUAAAGCCAAAUUAGGUGCUGAGAUUUUGAACGAGAGAAGGCAGUUUGGGUGGAUCAGCGAUGGUGGUAUCUUCAUUCACGAUGUUAUCAUGGGCGGAAAGAUGGUUCAGUGCAUUGGUACGCCAGUCAAUCGAGAUACUUCGGGUGCAAAGCGGAUACCGAUCGAUCGCCAGUAUAUGGAAAAAGCGUUCUCAAGCUGUUUGGACCUACCUAUAGCCAAGGGGAUGAUUGAUGCAAGUUUUCUGUUCUCCGUUCCAUACUAUGCUGAUAGCUACGAGCACAUUAACGCACCAACAUACGUAAACGGACGUGUAUGUAUCGCCGGUGACGCAGCGCAUGCCAUGACACCUUGGCAAGGCAGUGGAGCCGCUACAGCUAUCGAAGAUGCUGUUGUUCUCGGUGCGCUCUUUGCACAGAUCAGAUCGCCGGGUCAAGUCGAGCAGGUCCUCAAGACGUAUGAUGCCGUUCGCCGGCCACGCUCAAAGCGUAUUGUUGAGUCAAGUCGCGAGACGGGCCGCAUCUUGAGCGGCAUUGCUGAUGGUGUUGGCUUGGAUCCAGUGAAGAUGUAUGAUGCGUUGGUGGAUCGAUGGGGGUUCAUCCACGAUUUCGAUCUCGAUGGACACAUUGAGAGUGCGAUAUCUUCCUUGGAGUACAUGUCCUAG